CCUCACUAUUGUUGUCUUGUUACUUGUUAGUUGUUUUUUCUGUGCAUGUCUUCGCGGCUUGCCCGUUUAUCUUUUUAUGAAUUUAUGACUCAUAAUCCAUUCCUUAUUUAAUCAAAAUCAAAACAUUCACAUUCAAAUAACCUAAAGUAUAAUUAGUAAUAAGCCAUGAGUGUCACGACGGAAAUAUUAGGGGUUCCCGUGAUUUUUCCAUUCCAACCCUACGACAUCCAGAAGGAUUACAUGGAAAAAGUCAUAGAAUGUCUUCAAAAGGAAACGACGGCCGUUUUGGAGAGCCCCACCGGUACUGGUAAGACUCUGUCGUUGUUGUGCAGCUCUUUGGCCUGGCUGCAACUGAAAAAAGCACAAAUUCAGGCCAAAAAUCAAGUUGCACAAACUGACUUGUUAAAUAACAUUGCAAGUGCACUUGUAGAUGUUAAUGAAAAAGCUGAUAAUCUAGCCACCGGACGCGACUUCUUAGCCUUGCCCACUAUAAUCUAUGCAUCAAGGACCCACUCUCAAUUAACGCAGGCUGUACAAGAAUUAAGACGAACAGCCUACAAUCACAUGCAUAGUUCUGUGCUUGGUUCUAGAGAACAGCUUUGUAUCCAUCCAGAAAUUUUGAGUGAACAAGAUAGAUCAGUGAGGUUGCACAUGUGUCAACUAAAAGUUAAAACUCGCGCUUGCCACUACAAUAAUCGGGUGGAGAGAAUGAAAGACAGUCCAGAAAUUUGUAAUGUUCCAAUUAUCGAUAUAGAAGACAUGGUAAAGAUGGGAAAUAAGCACACUUUUUGUCCUUACUAUAUGACCAAAGAACGACAACGUAACGCUGAUAUAAUUUUCACUCCCUAUAAUUAUUUAUUGGAUCCAGUCGCCAGAAAAGCUUUGGGCUUGAAUCUGUCAAAUGCUGUUGUAAUAUUAGAUGAGGGCCAUAAUGUAGAGAAAGUGUGCGAAGAGUCGGCUUCUUUUGACUUGAAGUCGACCGACAUUGCUUUAAUAAUCGAUGAAACCACUAAUGUAAUGAAAAUGAUUUCCGAAGCACCGGGUUUAUUUGAGGAAAGCACAAAGGGCGACAUCGAUCCAGACGAAUUGGCUAACUUUAAAUCGCAGUUGUUGGAUUUCGAAAAAGCGUUAGACGCGGUACCUUUGAGUACAUCAACUGAAGUUACCCACUUUCCGGGGGAUUAUAUUUUUGAAUUAUUAGAGAAAGCACAAAUUAAAAGUCAAAAUGCUGGGAAUAUUAUACUGAUGUUAGAUAAGAUGAUUCAGUUUUUGACAGCUCAAAACGAUAACAGCCCUUUCGCUAGGAAGGGUAAAGGAUUGCAAAUUUUCAAUGAUUUUCUUCUGGUUGUAUUCCAAAGCAAAGUUUCCAAGGAGAAAAUCAAAGAAUGUUACAAAGUCCAUGUAAAGGAAGAGGAGCCACAAUAUAAAAGUCCUAGAGUGUCAACGUGGCUCGAGAAAAAAACAACUGUUGCCAAAUCGAGAACUCUGAGCUUUUGGUGCUUCAAUCCUGGAUUUGGUAUGGACUAUUUGGUGUCGCAAGGUAUCAGAGCUAUGAUUUUGACUAGUGGAACCUUGGCGCCUUUGAAACCCCUAAUAUCUGAGCUAGAGUUAGACGUAAAAGUUAGACUAGAGAAUCCUCACAUUGUCAAGGAUAAUCAGAUUUUAGUGAGGAUUUUGCCUAUGGGGCCGAGCGGCGAAGCUCUCAACAGCAGCUACAGAAACAGGGAUAACCCAAAUUAUGUUGCCGCCCUAGGCAGAGUGCUAGUUAAUUUAACCUCCAUUAUUCCCAAUGGAGUGCUUAUAUUUUUCCCUUCGUAUCCUAUCAUGCUAAAAUGUAAAACUUUUUGGGAACAGAAUGGUACUUGGGGCGAUAUUUAUUCUCAAAAAGCGAUAUUUGUAGAACCAAAAGGUAAGGAUGCUUUUCACGAUGCAAUGACUGGUUACUAUGAAAAAGUGCGAGAUCCCAACUUAAGAGGAGCCAUUUUCAUGGGAGUUUGCAGAGGAAAAGUAUCAGAAGGUUUGGAUUUUGCUGACGCCAACGGCCGUGCAGUAAUAAUCACUGGAUUACCUUAUCCCCCUUUAAAAGACGCCAGAGUGAUAUUGAAAAGGCGCUAUUUGGAUACGUGCCAUGCUCGCGACAGGGAGUAUUUAAAUGGACAAGACUGGUAUAAUCUGGAAGCUUCCAGGGCAGUCAAUCAGGCUAUUGGUCGUGUAAUUCGGCAUAGAUACGAUUACGGAGCCAUUAUAUUGCUGGACGAACGCUUCAGGGGUGCUACAAUUAUGAAUCAAAUGUCUAAAUGGCUCAGAGACCAUAUUAAAGUUGUGGAUAGAUAUGGGUUGAUUAUUAGGGAUCUGUCUCAGUUUUUUAAGAAGGCUCAAAGUGAUCUGCCUUGUCCAGUAAUGAAACCUGUGCAGCCUCCAAAAGCAGUAUUCGAGAUGCCUCGCACCUAUAAAAAAGAAUCAAGUUUCGAUUGGAAUUCCCCUUCUUCAAGUACUAGCGACAUUGAAAAAAGUCAAUGUAGUGGAUGUAGUAGUGACAGUGAUAUGGAUAAAUAUUUGGAAAUGAAUAAAAAGAUACUUAGAGAAAGUUGCCGUGAGGAGCUUCUAAUGAACACAAACAAAAAACGCAAAUAUCGUCUAAACCAAAAUCCUAGUGGUCCCGAUCCUGAGCCAGAUCCGGUAAAUGCUGCCCUGAAAGAAUACGUGUUGAUGGUAAAAGAAAAAUUGGCCGGUGAUUUUGUCGCAUUCGCAGAGCUACUACGACAGUUUCGCGAAACCAAAGACAUUGAAAUCUUUAUAAAGCAAGUUGAUUCUCUGAUACCGCGCGAUCUCAAAUAUAUCCUUUGUGGACUGUACCCCUUUAUUCAAACAAACCAGAAGCAGAUUUUUGGGAGGUUUCUACUUAGAAACAAUUUGCGUAUACCCGAGGAUUUGUAAAAUUCCUGGCGGGCGAUUAUUUAAGUUUAUUUUUUCUACUUUGUUUACUAUUAUUAUGAAUAAUUACUUUAUUGCCAAUUA